GCGCCUUCGGUCAUCCGCCGCCUUUCUCGCCAUGCCAGACGCAUUCUUCCAGAGUAACAAGAGCAGGAAGCGCAAACGUUCCACCAUAGGCGGCGAUGGUCCGUCUACCUUCAAAAAACUGGCGCGCUCGGGCGCGCCUGGCAAGUCUCAAGGCCGAGGAGGCAAGAAGGUCGGUGCGGCGCAUCCAAAGCGCAGUGUCAGAGACGAGGAACUCUCGGACGAGACACGCGAUGAGGAGGACGGCACAGACAUCGACGACAUGGAUCUGCGGGCGCCCGACGUCGAUCCAAAUGCGUACGAAAGCGCAGAGGAAGACGAGGACGAGACUCCGGCCGAGAAACGGCUGAGGUUGGCUAAGCUCUACCUCGAGGGUGUCAAAGAGGGCCUCGGACUUGCGGAGGGCGAAUUUGACGCGGCCGAGAUCGACAGGGAGCUCAUUUCGGCGAGGCUGAAACAAGACGUGCUCGAACAUGCGGGCAAAGUCCAUCUGUUUGUCGCGGACACAUAUGACCUGUCUGGCCCUCCGAUCUUCCGUACUCGGGGGCACCGGUUCUCUGCAACUUCUGCCGUUGCAUCUGAGGACGCACGGUGGCUCUAUACCUCCGGCAAGGACGGCUGCAUUAUCAAAUGGGACUUGAGCACUGGCAAGAAAAUUCACCAGUUCUUCAAGGUCCGACCUGCGAAGGACAGUGGAAAAGGGAAAGGGAAAGCGAAGGCGGAACCAGUGGGCGAGCUGCGGGGUCAUACAGACGAGAUCUGGGCGUUGGCUCUGAGUCCGGACGGCAAGUUAUUAGCGAGUGGUGGAAAGGACAGGCGAAUAGGUAUUUGGAAUGCCGAGACAAAUGAGUGGGUGAAGGGCUUUGGGGGACACAGAGACAGUAUAUCGGCUCUGUCCUUCCGCAAAGCACCCACAACCACGAACACACCCACACAGUUAUACAGCGGGUCGUUUGACCGGACACUUAAAAUUCAUGACCUUUCUGUUAUGGGCUACGUUGAAACGCUAUUCGGCCACCAAGCACCGGUUCUCAACAUUGACUCGCUCAUGAAGGAAACAGCUGUUAGUGUGGGUGGGCGAGACAAGACGGUGCGAUUUUGGAAGGUGCCGGAGGAAAGUCAACUAGUGUUCCGCGGUGGAAGCAAGAGCGGCUGGGAGGAUGCGUUAGAAGGUGGUAAUUUGGAGGACGGGAUGGAUGACGACAAUGGGAAGAAGAAGAAGCAGAGCAGGACAUCGGAGAAGUUCAUAGAGGGCAGCAUAGAGUGCUGUGCUAUGAUUGAUGAGACGACCUUCGUCAGUGGUGGCGACAGCGGCUCUAUCAGCUUAUGGACGACGCAAAAGAAGAAACCGAUCUUCAUACAACCGCUUGCGCACGGUGUGGACGAGUCGCAGGUGGAGACGGAAGACAUGGACAUUGUCCGUAAGCCACGCUGGGUCACAGCCCUCGGAUGUCUCCGCUAUUCCGAUAUGUUCGCGUCAGGUUCAUGGGACGGCGAGAUCCGGGUAUGGAAGCUCGACCCAAAGCUCAGAUCCUUCUCCCUGGUUGGCAGCAUCCACGCACUUGGUGUUAUCAACACACUACAGUUUAUCUCUGUACCGCGGAGCGAGAUCGCGAAUUAUAGCUGGGCUAGGCACGGAGACACGGAGACGGUACCGAACGCCCGAGAGGGUGUACCCUCGCGUGUGCCACGAAUGUCAGAGCCGAAGUCGGUACUGCUCGUUGCCGGCAUUGGCCAGGAAAUGCGCUUGGGCCGGUGGGUACAGAAGAAAGGCGAGGGCGUCCUGAAUGGUGCGCUUGUCGUUGCGCUAAAUCCACGGACAUCCACCUCUUCAUCAUAACUUGCAUUGCCGUGACCCUGUGUAAUUCACCUCGUCAGUUCAUACUUGGAUCGACUCACAUCCUCAUUGCGCCUUACGUCCAUUAGGGGUUCGGGAGUAAGUUACACAGGCAACCGGGAAAUUGAGUAGUUUCACAAUUGUAGGAAUUCCACGAUAUCGAGGGAAAAAUUGG